ACACUUUCAUUUGUCGGAGUUGCGAAAUGCUCUAAGCCAGCAUGUCAAAAUCGGCCAGCUUGGUUUGUGUACGAUGUCUGGAUGACACGGCACAGCCUAUACGGCACUUCGGACGCCUUCUGGCUUCUGGCUUAGAGUGGCUUCUGGCUUAGAGCGCGCAGACAAUAUCGUACCUGAACAGCAGAUGCACAGCGAUGAGAGCUACCAACCGGAGCAACCAGGCGUCUAAUGCUGCCACCAUUUCUAAAUGGUUCGGAGGCAUCGGGCUAUCCUGCCUGGCUCUCCUAGUCAUGGCAAUGCUCUCAAAGUACUCAAGCAAACGGCAACCUGAUAUUGUGGUUUUUAUUGCCGACGAUUUGGGAUGGGACGACGUCAGUUUUCACGGUUCUUCUCAAAUCCCUACACCAAACUUGGAUGCAUUAGCGGCAGAUGGUAUAAUUCUGAACAACUUCUACGCCCAGCCUUCUUGCAGUCCUUCAAGAGCAGCUUUCAUGACUGGGCGCUACCCGAUACGCACAGGCAUGCAGCACUACCCAAUAGACUUGGGCGAGCCAUGGGGGCUGCCGAUGGACGAGCGAAUCCUGCCCGAGUACUUAAGGGAGCUCGGCUACGAAACACACCUAGUUGGGAAGAGCCCCGAAUACAACACGAACGUCGCCAAAGACCAUCGAACUAGCCACAGGCUGCAAGGACUACGCCCGGAGCACGAACCUUUACCUGAGAAAACCAGGAAAUGCAAGAUCGAGACAGCAGCUGCAGUGACAGCCAUAGCGUCGCCAACGCCGAUGGUGCUGCAGGAGCCCAGGAAGCCACCGUCGUUGGAGGACCCGGAGGACAUUCGAGUACUCGGAAAGCUGGUUGGAUACGUGGCCUCGGUCACUGAAAUGGUCAAGGAUGAACUACAUCGAUCACUUGGAGUUCCUCAGGAAAACCAUACGGGUCUGGACUUCUGGUUGAACAUGGAGCCAAGGUGGUCCGACUCUGGAAUAUAUUCCACAACACUCUACACAGAAAGAGCCCAGUAUCUCAUACGCAACAGGCAGAAGGUGAAACUGCUGGGCUCCAAACAUCAUGGUACCUACGUUAUUUUUCAGCCGCUCUUUUUAGUUGUAAGCUACCAGGCAGCACAUGGGACAGCAGGUCCUGAGCUACUUCAGGCACCACCGGAGAACAUCGAGAAGUUCCCGUACAUCCAAGAUAAAAAAAGGAAGAUAUUUGCUGGCGUUGUAGAUGCAAUGGACCACUCCGUAGGACAAAUCUUCAAAACGAUGGGUGAAACCGGGAUGCUGGAAAACGUUGUCGUGCUCUUUACGAGUGACAACGGUGGAACUCCGUUCGGGUACCACUCGAGUCGAAGCUUCAACUGGCCUCUGCGUGGAACAAAAUUUUCUCUCUGGGAAGGCUCCACCAGAGUGGCGGCUUUCGUCUGGAGUCCCCUGUUGGAGCGGACUCGAAGGGUGUCAAGCCAGCUGAUGCACCUGACGGACUGGUUCGCAACAUUCUACAAGAUCGCAGGUGGCAACGAAUCGAGCUUGAACCUAGUGGACGGAGUGGACAUGUGGCAGUACUUGUCCACAGGCUCGGGUUCCGUUCGCCAGGAGAUUCUGUACAACGUCGAUUUCCUGGACUCGUCGAACUCCUUUGUGGCAGCAAUCCGCGACUCGCGGUACAAGUUGGUACUCGACGCUGCGGGUCCUCAUAACAACCGCCACCGAACAAUCGGUGGUCAUCGUCCUAGCAGAGACCUCGAUGAACUGCUCGCGCGGUCAACCACUGCUGGCGUGCUGAAAGAUUUGUACAAGGUGAAUCGCCUAAACUUCCCUAGAGGCUGGAGACAGAGAGCGACGCUUUCGUGCGGUGGAGGACCAAGCAAAAGCUUCUCACCCAAUGAUACGGUGUUCCUGUUCGACAUCGUUCAGGAUCCGUGCGAGCUGAAUAACGUGGCCGAACAGCACCCGAAGAUCGUAGCCUCUCUGAGAAAACGCAUUGAUGCGUACCGAGCCGUAGCUGUACCAGCACGAAACAAGCCUAAAGACCCUGCAAGCUUCCCAGAGUAUCACAAAGGAAUAUGGGCGCCUUGGGUUGACUCCUCGUAACACUAAAAAGGCUUGAAGCACCUUUUGUUCUUAAAGUCGGCACUGCGACUUCAAGCGCUGCUGCAAACGUCAUCAUGAUCCUAAUUAUUGUGACUACAGACGAGAGGGGCCCUCUCCCCGGCAAAUGCAUUGUGAAAUAAAGUACUCUAAAACAGUCUGCACUGAAAACACGCCUACUUGUGUGCACACAUGUUUGUGCUUUCUUUCGCUUACUUGCACCGGUCAUGUGCGUACGUUUUACAUCAGCCGCAAUAAUGUAUUAAAAUUAUGCUGCUUUUUCAUGCUCUUCGUGAAAUAAAAUUCUCCUUGCAC